AAGCGUUACGCGACCGCACCGGGUUAUUGCAUUCUACUUCAUUGAGUUAAAUUUGUGGCCUAUAUUCUUCCACAAACAAACUGUCGUAAUUUCUUGAUCUGACGUGGUUAAAUUCGGUCUUUAAGACUGACAUAUGGUGACGGUUGGGCCGAUAAACAGACUGUUGUGAAGUGAGAAGAGACUUUCCCAGCCCAACGUGAUUUGCAUCAUCUUGUAUUUCCUUAGCGAUUGUUGUUCAUGACGACAUUAUAUUCCUCGUCUCAGGAAAAACAUAGAUAAGUUUAAAAUGAACAGUGUUGGCGCAAACUGCAAUGAGCUUAAGCAAGAGUAUGAUGCUUGCUUUAAUGUCUGGUUUUCAACCCAAUUUCUAAAAGGCAACAACAGUGAAAGGAUGUGUGCACCUCUCUUUAAGGAGUACACCGAAUGUGUCAAAGAAGCCAUCAAAGAGCAGAAAAUUGACAUGAAAGAAAUUGAGAAAAAUGUUCUGAAUACUGAAGAGGAGCAGAAAAAGCCUACAGGCCAGAGAUGAAUUUUAACAGUACCCUCAAGAAAUUUCUGCGCUGCUUCACAUUCCAGCAUUUCUGCAGCAACCCUAUUUCAUUAGGCACGGUUGCCAAUUAUUGUACAGUUCGUUCUCAUUCUCAAGUAUGAAACCAUGGGGAUCACCUCUUGAUUCAACCCUGCCACCCUCUCUCUCGUCCUUUUUUAAUUGUGCAAAAAUAUUGCAAUUUCAGGUGUAUUUCCUUUGUUUGUCAUUUCCGUUAUCGACAUUAAGUUUAUGAAGUUAAAGUUUUAUUAUUAUAAUAAAUAGGCUAUUGCAAGCUUA